GGGCAAGGGCGGCUCCGGGGUGGCCGGGCUUCCGCCGCCCCCGUGGGCUGAGACCACCUGGAUUUACCACGACGGCGAGGACACCAAAAUGAUCGUGGGCGAGGAGAAGAAGUUCCUGCUGCCCUUCUGGCUGCAGGUGAUCUUUAUUUCGUUGCUCCUGUGCCUGUCGGGCAUGUUUAGCGGCCUCAACCUGGGGCUCAUGGCCCUGGACCCGAUGGAGCUGCGCAUCGUGCAGAACUGCGGCACCGAGAAGGAGAAGAAUUACGCCAAGCGCAUCGAGCCCGUGCGCCGGCAGGGCAACUACCUGCUGUGCUCGCUGCUGCUGGGCAACGUGCUGGUCAACACCACGCUCACCAUCCUGCUCGACGACAUCGCCGGCUCGGGCCUGGUGGCCGUGGUGGUCUCCACCAUCGGGAUCGUCAUCUUCGGGGAGAUCGUGCCCCAGGCCAUCUGCUCCCGGCACGGCCUGGCCGUGGGAGCCAACACCAUCUUCCUCACCAAGUUUUUCAUGAUGAUGACCUUCCCCGCUUCUUACCCAGUCAGCAAGUUGCUGGACUGCGUCCUGGGCCAGGAGAUAGGCACCGUCUACAACCGGGAAAAGCUGCUGGAGAUGCUGCGGGUCACAGACCCCUACAACGACCUCGUGAAGGAGGAGCUGAACAUCAUCCAAGGGGCGCUGGAGCUGCGCACCAAGACGGUGGAGGACGUGAUGACUCCCCUCCGGGACUGCUUCAUGAUCACCGGGGAAGCCAUUCUGGACUUCAACACCAUGUCGGAGAUCAUGGAGAGCGGCUACACGCGCAUCCCCGUGUUCGAGGGAGAGCGCUCCAACAUUGUGGACCUCCUCUUUGUUAAAGACUUGGCCUUCGUGGAUCCAGAUGACUGUACUCCCCUGAAAACCAUCACUAAAUUUUAUAACCACCCCUUGCACUUUGUUUUCAAUGACACCAAGUUGGACGCUAUGCUGGAAGAAUUUAAGAAAGGUAAAUCUCACCUGGCUAUUGUGCAGCGAGUUAACAAUGAGGGGGAGGGGGAUCCAUUUUAUGAAGUCCUGGGAAUUGUCACCUUAGAAGAUGUGAUUGAAGAAAUCAUCAAAUCGGAGAUUCUGGAUGAAACAGAUUUAUACACGGAUAACAGAACGAAAAAGAAAGUGGCCCAUCGUGAAAGAAAGCAAGAUUUUUCUGCCUUUAAGCAGACAGACAGCGAGAUGAAGGUUAAAAUAUCACCACAGCUUCUCUUGGCCAUGCACCGUUUCCUAGCAACAGAAGUAGAAGCAUUUAGCCCAUCCCAGAUGUCAGAGAAGAUCCUUCUAAGGCUGCUAAAGCACCCCAAUGUCAUCCAGGAACUGAAGUAUGAUGAGAAGAACAAGAAAGCCCCAGAAUACUACCUCUACCAGCGCAACAAACCUGUAGACUACUUCGUUCUCAUUUUGCAGGGGAAAGUGGAAGUAGAAGCUGGGAAAGAAGGUAUGAAGUUUGAAGCCAGUGCUUUUUCAUAUUACGGCGUCAUGGCCCUCACGGCCUCCCCAGUUCCUUUGUCCCUGUCUCGUACCUUUGUUGUCAGCAGGACAGAGUUGUUAGCAGCAGGUUCUCCAGGUGAAAACAAGUCCCCUCCUCGCCCGUGUGGCUUGAAUCACUCAGACUCUCUCAGUCGAAGUGACCGGAUUGAUGCAAUCACACCUUCGCUGGGGAGCAGCAAUAAUCAGCUCAACUCUUCAUUCCUUCAAGUCUACAUCCCCGACUACUCAGUGCGCGCCCUUUCUGAUCUCCAGUUUGUUAAGAUCUCAAGACAGCAAUACCAAAAUGCCUUGAUGGCAUCCCGGAUGGACAAAACUCCUCAGUCUUCAGACAGUGAAAACACUAAAAUUGAAUUGACUCUUACGGAGCUGCACGACGGGUUGCCAGACGAGACGGCCAACCUGCUCAAUGAACAGAACUGUGUGACGCACACCAAGGCCAAUCACAGCCUACACAACGAAGGCGCCAUCUAGGGCGCCCCCAGGCCCCCUCCCCCCAAAUCCGGGCCAGGCCACGUGCCUCGCCUGUCUGACAGUGAAUCCCGUUAGUGUGAGCUUGUGUGCCAUGCUGCGUCCUGCAACAUCCUGAGACCAAAGACUUUGUCCCCUUCCUGGAAGCAGCAGAGGAGGUCGGUGAGGGCAGGAGUGGAAACGAGGGCUGGGGUUUGACGUUUGAGAUUUUGGAAAUGAACUUCCACCCAAAUAGAAUCAUGUUUAUUUUUUCAGCUGUACCUUUUGUUAUUCACUCUCCUCCUCCUUUGAUUUGCAUGAAGUUGAAAAUUGUUGGGAUUUAUUUUUUUCAAGAGAUCAUGUUUUUAGAGUGUCUUUUGCAGAGUUUUAAGUUGUCCUGCCUGAACUCUGCUUUGACCCCAUGAUGUGACCCCAAUAGGAUGGACUUGCCCCUCAUUGGCCUUCCGUGGCCCACCCUUCCUCUGCGCCCCAGUGGGUGUCGCUGUCGAACUCGAAGGACAAAUGAAGAAAACCGUGUUGCCGCAGACCUGCCAAGUCUGGGACGUUGCAGGGUGGAGCUUGCACGGGGACCUGCAGCCGCCUCUCAGCUCAGUGUUGUUCUAAGUUAAUGUUUAACUGUGUCCCUUUCCCUCAGAAAGGUUUAACAUGUGCUUGGAAUGUGAUUUUGCUCCCACUCGUAAGGAAUUUUUAUCACCAAAAUGAAUGUUAAUGAAUUUUAAACCCAUGGUUUAUCAUUGGCAAGAG